UGCAGAGUCGCAUACAGUUGGACGACAGAAACACUCGCGUUUUACGGAGGGUUUAUUUACUAACUUUCAGUACCACGCCCCGGCGGAGGAGUCAGUUUAGAGCUGACGUCGGCGAAAAGAAAUCGGCUUGCUGCAGUUUUCCUCACAGAAUGGAAGUUGUUAGUCGUGGAGGUGAUACGGACUAAACUCGCUUGACUUGCCGGGAUAUUGAACCCGUUUUCCCUUUUCUCUGAGUGUAAGACAACCUUUACAACGAAGCCAAUAUCUGUGGCUGCUCAUCUUAUAUUGCACCCGUAUGGACGAUGAGGAGGAUGAUGUGUUUGAGCCAGACCCCCACUGCUGGCGCACCACAUUCAGGGAGAUAAAGUGUGAAGACCGGGGAACACAGACACCUGGACCUACCCUGGCAUUGAACAACGGCAUGCUGCCUUGUGGAGUCGCAGAGGAGCCCAGACCACUCUUCUACGGCAACGCAGGUUUUCGAUUGCACUUCCCAGCACACUUUGAGCUUGUUGGGGAUCAGGAAGCGAGGGGACAAGAAAGUGAAGGGGAGCAAAACGGGAUGGAGCAGCUUCCCCACCAGCAACCUGUGGCCCGCAGUGUGGAGGCCUGCAUUGGCCAGAAACUCCAGCUGAUAGGAGACCAGUUUCACCGGGAACACCUACAACUGUAUCAUCAAAACCAAAGGAACCAGGGGCGGAUGUGGUGGCGCCUGGCCGCAGCUCUGCUCAGCCUUCUCUUUGACAGGGGGUUCAUUGAUGGAGGAGGUGGAGCAGGACGGAGGUGAGGGGGUCUCCACAUCUCUCAGAGGAACUGGACUCCUAAUGGCACUGUAAAAUCUAACACGGGUCUGUUUUUAUUUGGGGUGGGAGGGGAGGCGACAAACUGUCCCCGCGGGACGGAGACAACCAACUUUUAUACAUGGUAGUGUUUUGUUUUGUUUUCCAAGAAGAUGCCAUGAUGCUCCGAGAUUCCUCUACCGGACAAUGUUCAUAUUUUGGUAUACGUGUGGUUGUAGUAGUUUUGUACAGUACAUUGUUCUUGUUAAAUGUUUUGCACUUCAACAUGUAUCCAUCUUUAAUGACCUCUACACACCCCGGGAAUGCCUUAUUCAACGUGCUCUGCCAGAAUGAGUAUUGAGAAAAUUUGAGAUGAAGGCAAUAUCAGAUGGUUAGGAACUGAAAGGCAAUGUGGUAUGAGGUUUAAUUUUCUGAAGUUUCCCAGGUGACCAGACAAGUUGAUUUACUAAUUUUCCAAAGAGGCAACUUCUCAGAACAAAGCAUUUUGCACCUCACCUCAAUGGAACAUUUAUCUAUUCUUAUUUUCUUUAAUUUGCUCUCUGUUUUGGUUUUCCUACUCCUCCAGUUUCUUUGGUAUGGUAUUACAUUUGAACAUGAUCCCUCAGUGUCAUUCAAAAUAUUGGGAACAAACCUUUUGCACAUGGAAAAAGUCUACACAUCUUAACUUGUAAUCAAAAUAUCUUUUUUAAUCUGUUUUAAGGCCAGCCUUUCUUAAGUCACAUGCUACAUGUCAAACUGUGAGUACAUUUUGGUGCCUCAGGAAGUAUUGGGGUGGAGUUUGCAGUACUGAACAUCAGUGAAACCCAGGUACAACUGCAUUCAACAGUUAAUAUUAAUAUUAGGAAUUGUGAUUGUUGACACUGAAAGCCGUUAGCUCUAAUUAAUAGGCAUUAUGUUAAUUGACAAAACCAAGGUGCAUUAACAAACAACCAGGAAGUGCAUAAUAAUAAUUUUAUAACAUUUAAGCAUAACAUUUAAAAAGAUCAUUUUAAUUGGCAUGUUAUAUGUAUAUGACAUUACUACUGUUGCUAAUAAAUAUCUAGUUACUGUUCUAAUUAUGCAACUUCCCUUAUUGUGCCAUUAUAUAAUAUUAUUAUAUUUAAGUUAUGCCGCUUGAUCUAAUGUCUAUUACUAUACAGCUGCUGGGUGGCUGGAUGUUGUUUAAGAUGUAGCACAGUAGAGAAAGGCUGGGUGGGAAGGUUUAAAGGAUCCAUAAAAAGAUAUUUAGAUUCAUGUUGUGAUGACUUUUGCAUGCGUUUCGGAGGUCUAGCACACAUUGUUUGUUAUACCGAGCAAAUUUAAGUAUUCUUUCCUUAAAUGGUAACAAAAUUAUUGUUUUUCCGAUGUGUUCUUUUCAUGUGAUUGUUUUCAGACCUCCAUGCCCUUGAAGUGGAGCUGUGGAUCCACUGUUUUUGCACUAGAUGUACACCCUUCAAGAGUUCAGAUUGUUACCAUGCUAACCUCCUGUCUUGUAUGAAGGUUUUCAGUUAUGACUUGUUUUCAUGCCCACAACAUUUCAAAUGUAUUCACUCUUAUGUCCAAGACAGAUAAUCAAUGUUAAGACCUGAAUGAAUGCAGUCUUUGAUCUGGAUUGGAUUCUGGACAUUUCAUGUACCAGAGUUUUUUUUGUGUGUCUACAAUAGAGUUACAAUAGAGCCACGCACCUCCAUUGAAAGGUUUCUGUCCUGGUUUGUUUUUCACAGCCUGUGUGUGUGUGUGUGUGUGUGUCACACCCCACAAUACUGCAUAAUCAAUCUGUGAAACAGAUCGUCUCAGGCUACUUCUAUGGGGUAUUACAUCGUUUAAUAUUCUGUUGGGUGAUCUUGUAUUGUGUUGGUGCUCAGAUCCAGAUUUGGGACAUUUUUAGUACAUAUAACCACUCAGCAGACAAAAAGACAAAAGUGAAAAGACUGUAAUUAUUGUUGAAAUAUGAACAUGUUUAAAGACACUGUUGAAGAUGCUGUUUGUUAUAUUUUCUAUUGCUGAACCCAGGCCAAGUUGUGGACCCGAGGAGCAGUACAUAUCAGGGGUCUGUAAUUACAUGCUCCUUACAAUGUGUCAAGUUUAUCACUGCAUAAUUAGGGUUUCCUCUCAUUCUCUUAAAGAUGUCUCAGGGACAGACUUUGUGGGCUACUGGUAACCUUGAGAAUCAGUUACAUGGUUAGAAGAAGAGCAGUGUUUUUACCCACUCAUUCAUGAUGAAACCUCUCGAGGUAUUGUCAAGUCUUUAAUUUUCAUUUCAGUUAUAAAAUUUCUCUUGGCCAAUUUCUCAGCACACAAGUAAAGGUACAGACUGAGGAGUCUGAGGCUGACUUUCUGUCUGUGGUGGUGACGGUGGGCUGCUGAGCAUGUAGUAGUAGGCGUGUGAGGUGCACUGAAUGUGGUUGUGGUUAUAGUUUCCUGCGGAUCCUGAACGCUGAGCCAGUCCCUGUAGCGCCCUGUCUCACCAUUGGCUCUUGACUUCCUCUUUGUGCUGCUCCUUUAUAACAUGGCUAUUGUUCAUUGGUUCAACUUUCUUUUUAAUUUAUUUUUUUCCCUUCUUAUUUAUUUUUGUGUAUUUGCCCAUUUCUACUGUAUACACUUGUGUGUGCAAUUACUUCUUAUUUUUCUUUUUUUUGGGACUUAUCUGCUUUAGUUGUUUGACUGUGCAGAGCAGGUUGGCCUGCAUUGUACCUGAUAUUGCUUCAUGUGAUACUUAACUUAAAUUCUACUUUUUUAGUAGUGCUCAUCUCCUGUAGGCUCCAAGAAGUUUGUAGUUUUGUUGUUUAUGAAAAACAACAGCUAUUAGCUGGUAGAAUUAAUGUUGGUUACAAUGGAUUUCAAUGGUGGUUCAAAUGUUUGCACAGUGCGAUUACGUUUCACAUGGUCAUUGUUUCGCCCAAAUCCACUGCUCCUUCACAGCUUUAAGGAGGACAAUAUUGUGUUGAGUAAGUAGUGGAUUCAUUGAUUUAUCCAAAAUGUAGCUGUUGUUACUAUUGGAAUGCAUUGUAACCAACAUAAAUUCAUUGUGACCACAGCUGCUGCUCUUCAUGAAGAAGAAAACUACAAACCUCACGUUUAAGCCUAGGGGAUUGGUGUUUGAUACUCAAAAAGUAGUUUCUGGGUGGAGUAUUUCACUUAAAAGGUUGUGAGUUUCCAGGAAAUGGCCUAACCAAUUCAGACCUUUUUCAUUAUCUUCCACCAGCCGAUUCACCAGUCAUCAUGGGUAGAUUCACAAAAUGUGGUUUAGAAAAGCAGCUGCUUAGAUGCAGUUUAAACUUUCAACAGGAUGGACCUUUCCAUUGUAAUUAAUGAGUCAUUACCCAGCCUUUGCUAAUGAUACACACAGCAUUAGAAAGGCUUCAAAACACCAAAAAAAAAAAAAAGUUAGCAUUUUAUGUUAAGUCACAGGGUGUUUAUGUGUUCAAUUCUUUAACCUUGAUCAUUGUGUCGUAAUCAACAUGCACUGGAAAGUACUUUGUUUCUGUAGAUCCCAUGGGUCCCUUAUCUGUUGUGUGUUAAUGUCUAGUAUAUACUCUGGAUUGUUCUUUUGGGCUAAUCUUGCCAUGUGUCAGACGUAUAUAUCUGUGCAUUGACCAAGUAGGCUCCGAUUGAUGGCCUGUUUGAUUUAUUGGAAAGGGAGACAAGCCACCGUGGUGCCCUGUAUACUUUUGUUAGAUUGAGGUUCCCAAGCUGCACUCAUCACAUUAUAUGUGAGUGUGGAGAAUCCCUAGAGUGGGACAUGUAUUUUAUGGAAACCGUCAGUGUCUUGAAUUUUGUAGUCCGCUAAAUUUGAAGUUUUCAAGGAAGGUUUUGAUUUUGAAUUUUUUUUUUUUUUUUUUACGACAACAUUUCUUCUUCAUGGUCUUUCAUAACUUUUUUUAAAAUGUAUUUUCUUAAUAAAAAAGGGUCUGCUUUUAUAAGGACAGUUCAUUGCUUGUAAAAUAAUUUUAAUACAAGUAGGAUCCUUUUUGAAGUCCAUGAGAUCAAGGGCAUUUUUUUAUAUAAAAAUGAACUUGCAACAUUCCUUGCACAUCUCAUUGUGGUGUAAAAACAAAACCAAGCAAACCAAAAUAAUUCAUAGUUGUGGUUAACUUGGCCCAUGAGCGUAUAGUUGUGGAAUAUUUGCCCUUCUUUAAAGAACAGCUAAAUUGUACAUGUAUUUCUAAAACCCUGGAAUAUGCCUUUAACUGCUCAGUUUCAAUGAAGUCUUGAUUAUCACACACUCUCUGUAUACCAAUAAAUGAGACCCAGCGAAAAUGUAGCAUUUUUGUAAACAUUGACUGUGUGUUUUCGAGACUCUACUGUGCACUCAUUUAUGUGUAUAUUUUUUUUUUGGUUGUUGAUAUAAUAUGGAAGUAAAGACAAUUUGUUAUGUAGUGCAAUAUGCUGUACAUAUGGAGCUUUGCUCUACAAAUCUUUUUUUCUGGAUUUCUUGUUGUUUAUUGGUACUUUUUUUUUCAAUAAAAUUUUAUUGAAGGUG